AGAAUGGCAUGUCGGGCCCAUAAGGAGAGAGAGAGAGAGAGAGAGAGAGAGAGAGAGAGAGAGAGAGAGAGAGAGAGAGAGAGAGAGAGAGAGAGAGAGAGAGAGAGAGGGAGAGAGAGGGAGGGAAAAGAGAGAGAGAGUGAGAACGAGAGAGAUCAAGAGAGAGAGAUCAGAAGAGAGCAAAAAAACACAAACCUACAAACAAUCACUGUGGACUUUUCCACAUCAAUCCGUUUUGCCAGGGGUUACUAGUACUACCAAUACUCUCGGAGGCG